AUGAGUUGCCAACCUUUUACUUCGGCUGAUACCUUUAUACCUCUGAAUUCUGAGUCUUCUGCAACUCUGCCUCUGAUAAUGCAUCACAGCGCUGCCGAGUGCCUACCAGUCUCCAACCACGCCACCAACGUGAUGUCCACAGUCCCGUCUAUUUUGUCUUUGAUCCAAACUCCUAAAUGUUUGUGCACAUAUUUCUUGGUGACAACAUUGGGAAACACAGCAACAGGACUUCAUUAUUCUGUUCCUUCCUGUCAUUAUGGAAACCAGUCAUCGACCUAUGGAGUGAUGGCAGGGAGCUUAGCCCCUUGUCUUUAUAAGUUUCCCGACCACACCUUGAGUCAUGGCUUUCCUCCCAUGCACCAGCCUCUCCUGGCAGAGGACCUCACAGCCGCUGAUUUCAAGCAGGAGCUCAGGCGGAAAAGCAAGUUGGCUGAAGAGCCAAUAGACAUGGAUUCUCCGGAAAUCCGAGAACUUGAAAAGUUUGCCAAUGAAUUUAAAGUGAGAAGAAUUAAGCUAGGAUACACCCAAACAAAUGUUGGGGAAGCCCUGGCAGCUGUGCAUGGCUCUGAAUUCAGUCAAACGACUAUCUGCCGAUUUGAAAACCUGCAGCUCAGCUUCAAAAAUGCAUGCAAACUAAAAGCAAUAUUAUCCAAAUGGCUGGAGGAAGCCGAGCAAGUAGGAGCUUUAUACAAUGAGAAAGUGGGUGCAAAUGAAAGAAAAAGGAAACGGAGAACAACUAUCAGUAUUGCUGCUAAAGACGCUCUGGAGAGACAUUUUGGAGAACAGAAUAAACCUUCCUCUCAAGAGAUCUUGCGGAUGGCUGAAGAACUGAACCUGGAGAAAGAAGUAGUGAGGGUUUGGUUUUGCAACCGAAGGCAGAGAGAAAAACGGGUGAAAACAAGUCUGAAUCAGAGUUUAUUUACUAUUUCUAAGGAGCAUCUUGAAUGCAGAUAA